AACGCGCCCACUUCAGCCACCCCCGCCCCUGACCUCUCCGACCCCGCCCUCAAGCAGCUGACCCCCAUAGUCCGAGAUGACCUCACACAGGGCGGAGGAGCUGUCCUCACCACUCGCUCGCCCUUGGAGGUCGAGCAGGAGGAGGAGGAGACCAAGAUGGAGAACCCGAUGGAGGAGGAGGUCCCCGAGGACGAGAUGAAGCAGGAAGGGGCGGCGGCGAAGCAGGAGGACACCCUCUGCUCGAUGCAGCAGUAUGAGAUCCUGAAGGAUAACCUUCUGCUGUACCACCACGCAAGGCUCAUGGCGGAAAAGGGGCGUGGCUCCGAGAGAGAGUACCUGGUGGGCCUCAUGUUCUCCAAGUUUGACACCAACAACAACGGCGCUCUCGACAGGGACGAACUCGUGCAGGUCUCGCAGGCCGAGGAGGUGAGCCGCCUGGCCGAGGAGUGCUCGCUCGUCGACAUGCUUCGCUACGACGACCCCAACGACGACGGCCACCUUAGCCUCAACGAGUUCUAUACGGCCUUCAGUGUGUCCGUAGUGUCCCUAGAUAAGGCCCUGGAGGUGAACCACGUGUCCGCCAGGGUAGGGGACAACCUCGAGAUCAAGUGUGACGUCACGGGCACGCCCACGCCACCUAUCGUCUGGAGAAGAAAUGGACUCGACCUGGCCGCUCUCAACUCCGAGGACAUCCGCGUGUUCGUGGACGGCUCGCUGUACCUCACUCGCCUCCAGCUGGUCCACGCAGGCAACUACACGUGUCAUGCGGACAGGAACAAGGAUGUUGUGCAGACCCAUAUCCUCACCGUGCACACCGUGCCCACAGUGCAGGUCACCCCCCACAUCCAGAGUUUACGCCCGGGAGAGGAAGCCAUCAUGAACUGCCGGGCCACUGGAGAACCCUUCCCAAAGGUGGAGUGGCUCAAGAACGACGAGCCCCUGCGAGUCGACAUCCCACACAAGUACGAGGUGGUCGGCAACGGCACGCAGCUCCGGGUCCGCAACAUCGGCUACGCAGACACGGGCGCCUACAUGUGCCAGGCGACCAGCGUCGGGGGCAUGGCCAGGGACAUCAGCUCGCUCGUCGUGCAGGAGAACCCGGCGCCCACCGGAGAGCAGCAGGAGAGCCGCGUAUUCGUCUACCACGACUGGGGUAUCGCCGUCUACGAGCCGGACGAGUGCCGCCUCUUCCACGUCAUCCAGGGCACUGACGUCAUCCCAGGCACUCAGGAGUACGUCUGCGGAGACAAAGGCACCAACUGCUCGUGGGGGCGCGCGAUUAACGUGGCCGAGAGAUACAUCUACGUCACGCAGCCAAGGAGAGACAGGGUCCUCGUUGUCUCGGUUCAGCAGAUGGUCGUAGUUGAUGUUAUUGUAACUGACCAGUAUCCCGUCGACUUGUCCUACGUCCCCAACCUCGACCAGGUCUGGGUUCUCAACUGGCGCUCGACCAAAGAUGAAGGAGUGAAAACCAUACAGGUCAUUCGGGACGCCUCGCAGAAGAAGAAGCACCACACGGUUCACCCUGAGCCUAUUGAUGGACAUUUUGACCUCGUGAAGGACCUGUUCGUUCCUCCAACACAGGACCUCGGCCAUGACUUCCGCUACGCCUACGUCACCCACACAAACCAGCGAGGCCUGUACAAGCUCGACCUGGCUAACAUGAAAUACGUGAAGACCGUCGACCUCACUCCAUACAACUGCGUUCCUCAGCAUCUCGUGUUUUCGUCGCUCCACGGCCUAGUGGUCAUGGACUGCCAGGAGCCCGUGACCGGCCGGCGCACGGGGCAGCUGGUCCUCGACUACCUCACCGACGCCGUUCUCAGCCACAAGACCAACCUCAUGGGUCGUCCUCAUGUCGUCCCCGAUUCCUCGCUUGUCGUCACGGUCGAUACGCUCUACCACGUGAAGAUUGUCGUCCAGAAAGUCACAGAUCACGGACUGGAGUAUGUGUAUGACGUCAUCACAACUCUGAAUGUGAGCGAUGUGACCUUCUUCCCCUCACGUCUGACACACAGCUAUGACCUGUACGCUGCGUCUACAGACAAGGAUGACAUUUUCUUCCUCGAACUGCACACAGGCAAAGUCGAGAUGAUCACGGGCGUGGGCAAGGCCAUGCCCCCCGAGCUGGCCGAGUGGAGCAACACCAACCGCGCCAUCGUCUCCGCCGGCGUCUUCGGUCACUACAUGGUCUCCCCUUCAGAAGCCGCCAUCUUCGUGAUCAACGGGGAGACACGGACCGUCAACUGCGAGAUCGGGUCGCUGGUGCACCCCCGCCUGGCCGUGUGGGUGACGAAGAAGUACAUCUAAGGGAGAAGUGAAGGGAAGGAAGGAAGGAAGGAAGGGACAAGGGUUUGGACGAAGGAGAGAGAGAGAGAGGAAGAGAGAGCGAGAAUGGAAGGAGAGGAUAAAAAAAUAGAGAGAAGGAGAAAGAUAAAAGAAGAGUGUAAGGGAAAUAGAGGGAAGAGAGAAAGAGAAAGAAGAGGACAAUAAAAAGGGCAUGGAAAGAAAGUGGAGAUUGAAAAACAAAACGUAUGAAUUUCCAUUGUGCUUUUAUUCAUACGAAAGACCGUCUCUGUACAAGGAACACCGAGACACUGAUUCAUCAACUACAUGUACAGACUUAAAAGAAAAAAACCCUGAAAGUAUGGCUCACGACGCAGCUCAAACCCUCCCUCUUAGACAGUAAAUCCUAUAAGGAACCUUACUUAAAAGUAUCAGUAUAAGGAAGAAAAACAGCGUUCUAUAUGAUUGUUACUAUUUAUUCACUUAUUUAUUUAGAGGAUGUUCUUUAUUCAUGUAUUUUGGUCGUAGACAUACCCAUAGAAGAGGAGGGGAGUAUGAUAUUCAAGACAUAUCUUUCUAAUGUAAUAUAAUCAGUAGUCUCUUUAUUUAUUUAUUUUCUGUUUAUUCAUUAUUAUUAUUUUCAACAUUCCACCUGUUGGUAAUCAAGAACGGGUAUGUCGGAUCAGGUAAAUUAAUCACGUGACCUAGACAGUGGUAAUUAGCGUAUAUAAUAAAUCACUGGUGAUCUCAUUAAUCUAUUCUACUUAGAGAGAACAAUAUAAAACGAAAAAAAUACUGUGUUCUUUUUAUUAUUAGUUUUAAAUACGUAUUUAUAGAGAUUAUUUAAUGAUUCGACUUUUCACAAGUGGGGGAAUCUAUAUCAUCAUCUAGUUCUCGUAACUCAAAAACGAAAAGAAAAUGGGAAAAAAAAGAAAGAAACUAGGAUAAGACUCAGAAUAGAAGUGAAUGUAAACACACUAUCAUGCAAGCUUGCAAACAUGUGCAAUAGCAGUCACGUAGCGGUGUUGCAAAGGCAUAACUAGAAGAUGUUGAACAAUUUGAAUGCUCCGUGUAUCACUUCCAUUAUUCAUAAAAAAAUACUUUCUUUUUUUUUAAGCACUAUGCUUCAUGGUAACAAAAGUACUAGUCAUAAAGAUAAUGAUGAUUGGCAAAUCCCACCCUCUUUUCAUCGGGGAUUCAUUAACGUGUAGAAGAAAAGGUAAUCCAUUUAAAUCUACUAAGCUCUUACAAUGAAACUGACCAGGAUGGGGAGAGUCAUUCUUUAUUUCCCUUUAUUUUGAUCAAUAUUCUUUGCUAGAUUUUGAUACUAACUAACCAAAAAACUACAAAAAUAAUACUAUAUGUAUUUGUUAUUAUACCAAUCUUCCUAGAAUGAAAUUAAUAUUUUAAUCUGAUUGAUUUACGUAGCAUAUCUAAUCACUGGUUCUUGAGGUCCUGUACCAACCGUGGGAAAUAAGUCAAUACCUUCUAAUAAUGUUUAUCAGUGUUUGAGUUCAAUGAUGCCCACUCCUGAUCAGUUCUCGGUAAACAUUACACAUAAAGUUAAUAUGUGCCACAGUUAGCUUAGCCUUGCACUUUUGCACAAACAAAAAACAGGAGAUGAACUAAAUUUGUUUUUCAUUUUUUUUCUGAUUAUCCUUUUAAAAAAAGAUAAAUAAUCUAGUCAUAUUAUUCAUGGUCUUUAGAAUAAGAGCUACUACUACUGACACAUUCCCUCCACAUGCGUGUAGAACAAGGAGAGC